AUGAAUCUGUUCAAGAGGAUGAGGGAAUUGGGAUUUGAGGUAGAUGGGUUCACGUUAUCAGGAUUGAUAGCAGCUUCGUGCGACUGCAUCGAUUUGAUAAAGCAGCUUCAUUGCUUCUCUGUCUCCGGAGGUUUUGACUCUUACUCGUCUGUGAACAACGCGUUCGUCUCGUAUUACAGUAAAAGCGGGCUUUUGAAGGACGCUGUGUCGGUGUUCUAUGGGAUGGAUGAGUUGAGAGAUGAAGUUUCAUGGAACUCGAUGAUUGUGGCUUAUGGGCAGCACAAGGAAGGAGCAAAGGCUUUAGCUUUGUAUAAAGAAAUGAGCUUUAAAGGGUUCAAGAUCGAUAUGUAUACGUUGUCGAGUGUUUUAAACGCCUUCACGAGCUUGGAUCAUCUGCUCGGUGGUCGGCAGUUCCAUGGUAAGCUUAUCAAGGGUGGAUUUCACCGGAAUUCACAUGUGGGAAGUGGUUUGAUCGAUUUCUACUCCAAAUGCGGAGGUCGUGAGGGUAUGUCUGAUGCUGAGAAGGUCUUCCGAGAGAUUCUCUCGCCGGAUUUGGUUAUCUGGAACACGAUGAUCUCUGGAUACUCAUUGAAUGAGGAACUCUCUGAGGAAGCUGUGAAGAGUUUUAGACAGAUGCAACGUGUUGGACAUAGGCCUGAUGAUUGCAGUUUCGUCUGCGUCAUAAGUGCGUGCUCAAGCCUCUCUUCUCCUUCUCAGGGGAAGCAGAUUCAUGGACUGGCGAUUAAAUCUCACAUCCCUUGGAAUAGAAUCUCUGUGAACAACUCGUUGAUUUCGAUGUAUUACGAAAACGGAAAUCUGCAAGACGCGAGACAGGUGUUCGAUCUUAUGCAGGAACGUAAUGUUGUAUCUUUCAAUUCUAUGAUCAAAGGCUAUGCACAGCAUGGUGAUGGAACAGAGGCUUUCCUGUUAUACCAGCGGAUGUUAGACUCAGGUAUUGCGCCAAACAAUGUAACCUUUGUAGCCAUUCUCUCUGCUUGUGUACACUGUGGUAAAGUCAGCGAGGGUGAGAGGUACUUCAACACCAUGAAGGAGACGUUCAAGAUCGAACCAGAGGCUGAGCACUAUUCUUGCAUGAUCGAUCUUUUGGGGAGAGCAGGGAAGCUAGAAGAGGCAGAGAGAUUCAUAGACGCAAUGCCGUAUAAGCCCGGCCCUGUAGCUUGGGCUGCGUUGCUCGGUGCUUGUAGAAAACACAAAAGCUUGGCUCUUGCGGAGAGAGCAGCUAAGGAGCUUAUGGUGAUGCAACCGUUAGCUGCGACGCCGUACGUGAUGCUAGCGAACAUGUACGCGGAUGCAGGGCAAUGGGAAGAGAUGGCGUCGGUGAGGAGAUCGAUGAGAGGGAAACGGAUAAGGAAGAAACCGGGAUGUAGUUGGAUCGAAGUGAAGAAGGAAAGGCAUGUGUUUGUCGCGGAAGAUUGGUCUCAUCCGAUGAUACGGCAAGUGAAUGAGUAUUUAGAGGAGAUGAUGAAGAGGAUGAAGGAAGUUGGGUAUGUGAUGGACAAGAAAUGGGCAAUGGUGAAGGAGGAUGACGCAGGCGAAGGAGAAGAAGAGAUGCGGUUAACGCAUCACAGCGAGAAGCUAGCAGUGGCUUUCGGGUUGAUGUCGACGAGAGAUGGAGAGGAGAUAGUUGUGAAGAAGAAUCUAAGGAUAUGUGGGGAUUGUCACAAUGCGAUCAAGUUCAUGUCUAAGGUCGCAGGGAGAGAGAUCAUUGUAAGGGAUAACCUUAGGUUCCAUUGCUUCAAAGAUGGGAAAUGUUCAUGUGGGGAUUAUUGGUGA